AUGGCCAAAAAAAUUGGAAGACGGCAAGCAAUGAAUGGUGGCUUGAUUCGAGGGUCCAACCCACGUGUCCAUACACAAGCUAUUGGCCUUUCUUGUCGCUAUAUAUUGAACCAUCUACCAGCCAUCAAUAGUAGAAUCUUGAAAGAGCAAACCCUUGUAAGUAAUAACAAAGAGAGAGAAGAAAACAUGGCAAUUAGAACCAGUUGCUGCCUCAAUCUCUCCCCUCCGAGCUCUGCUUCAACCCUCCCUUCUUCCUCUACAAAGAACUCCCAGGUUGCUUGGUUCAAGAAUGAAAAGUGGAGGAGUCAAUGUGUUUUGGGCAUGGCAUGCAUGGUAAUUGGAUCAGUGGAAAUGGGUGGUGAUUUAGUUAGUGGUCAUGAAAAUCUUGCCAUGGCUAGGGAGAUGCAAGCGGUUGUGGAAUCAAAAGAAAACUGGAAAGGGCCGAGAUGGAGUGACAAAAGAAUCUGCCCUCCAUGGCAUCAAAAUUCAUUAGAGACUAUUGUGCCGGAGAACCUUCCAAGGCCAUCGUCAGCUCAUCGGAGAUGGCCGGAGGUAGUUGGCUUUUCCAAGAAUAAUGCUCCGGCAGUCAAAGUGAUUGUGAUAGAAGGAAGCAACGGUUGCUUUUCAAUGUAA